GUCGCGAUGCCCCGUAGGUAGUAAAUCGUAAAACUGUCGGAUAAAGAUGAGGAGGUGGUAAAAUCGUCGAUGAGUCGUCAGUUCAUCACAUAAUCGUCACCCGCUCGCUCAAUAUAUCCAAACAGUUGGACAAUCCGGUGCUAGUGCGUGGACUCUGGUGCUUAGCUGUGGGUCAUCACUUCAUCCCCGCGGGGCAAGAAUGUCGAGUUCCGAGACAGCGUAGAAACCAAGCGACGACUCGAGCGUCGUUUUCCUUGUUGGCACUGCAAGGUGCAGGGAACGAGCCGUCAGAUGUUGAACUCGGGAAGGCGAAGCCUGGGAGCUCGGCGAAGGCUGGCCAGCGAGUAAAAAAAAGCUCCCGGGUCACCCCUUGCCCCGCUCGGACCGAUGAGUCUUCUUCCACAGUGGAGUUGGCCAGCCACACGGUCUCCUGAAUGUCCGGGCGCUGCACCAGAGGCCCAACUGUGAAGGAGCUCGAUCCCGAGCGAGCGAGCGCCUUCUUGGCCAGUGCCGUAAAAUGUCUACGAGAUCGCAGUUGACCAAGGAUUUGAACGAGUCGGUGAAGACGUUGUUGGGGAAACACGUUAAAAUAUUACUGAAAAACGUUGUCAAGUUGGAAACUAAGCAGGAUAAGCUCGAGAAUCGUGUUUUAGUCUUUUCGCCAUGUCGCCUCUUUCUAUUAACGGCCAAAGUCCCUACAAGGAUCGACUGUCAUUUUCAUUAUUUGGAAAUAACGUCAGUCGAGUCGAAAAGGGCCAACCAAUUGUCGCUCACAGUUGGAGAAAGGAUAUACAAUUUCGUCACAAUGGGCCUAGGAAGCGUCGAUACUUCGGAAGUAGACGCUAUGAUAGAAGCACUUCACACUGCCAUUCGAAAUAUAUUUCCGACCGUACCUUUAAACUACAUAAUAAGAAAAAUCGAUGUAAUACCGGCCACCAGAUUGCAAAGUAUACGAGGUAGCGAUUUGGCCAGAAGUACAGAGGCAACCAGACACACAGGCCCUUGUGGCGGGUUUUCCACGCAGUAUGCCUGCAUGUGUGACUUGCACAAUGUACCUUACAGGGAAGAAGUUGCUUGGGAUGUUGAUACGAUAUAUUUGUCUCACGAUACAAGAGAAUUAGAUCUCAGAGACUUUGACCAUCUCGACCAAAAAGAUUUGGUACCGAUUAUAUCUGCUCUGGAGUACAACACGUGGUUUACAAAAGUACGCGUUUCUCAUCUUAAGCUUAGCCACGAGCCGUUGGAACGGUUGCUACACGUACUCAAACGAUCUCUUUCCAUUCAAGAAAUUUUUUUAGACAACAUUGGAGCAAAGUGGGAUUUUGCACAUAAAUUGUCUCUGGCAUUGAUCGCCAAUACCAACGCCGUGUUGCACACCAUAGAUAUAUCCAGCAAUACCAUUGAAGAUAAAGGCGUCACAAGCUUAUGUGGAGCGAUAGCCAAAUUGACCCAAGGAGCAGCCCAUACCACCGGCCCGCUCGGCAAAUUGCCCAAAGGCUUGCAAAAAUUGAAUUUAGCGAGAUGCGGCUUAACCGGCAAAGGCGUUGGCCAAAUAGCGCACGCCUUGAGCUUGAAUCGAAGCAUGCCGACAAGCUUGCAAUACUUGAAUCUCGCCGAAAACACCUUGAAGGAUGACGUCAAUAACCUAUGCAGCUUUCUAGCCCAGCCAAAUGGAAUAACCCAUUUGGAUCUCAGCGGAACGGACACAACUUUGGAAUGUCUUUUCGGUGCUCUUCUGAGGGGUUGCGCAACGAAUCUAGUCCACUUGAACGUCGCCCGUAAUUCGUUCUCGAGUAAAAAAACCAAAGAAAUCCCGCCGAGCUUCAAGCAAUUUUUCACGGCCACUCUGUCGUUAAAGUACUUAAACAUCUCCUCGUGCAAGCUGCCUCUCGAGGCGCUCAAGCAUUUGUUGCUCGGAUUGGCGUGCAACGAGAGCACGGUGGGCCUCGAGCUCGACAUGAGCGGCAACAACCUCGGCUCCAUGGGUGCUCACGUGCUCGAAUCUUGCAUCCACGGCGUCAGAUGCAUCGCCUCGCUCGACAUUUCCGACAGCAACAUGGACGUGGAUUUAGCUCAAGUCAUAACUGCGAUAAGCAAAAACAAAUCGAUAAAACAUCUGUUCAUGGGUCGCAACACCCUCGGCAUGAAGAGCAAGCACAUAGCCGUGGUGAUGGAUUCCCUCGUCCAGAUGCUCCAGGAGGAAGAUUGCGUGCUGCAGGCGCUCCACCUGCCGGACUCGCGGCUCAAAGGCGACCUGUACAACCUCAUCAAUGCCCUCGGCAGCAACACUUGCCUGAAAACCCUGGACAUCAGUGGCAACCUCAUCGGGGAUCCGGGCGCGAGAUUACUCGCCAAGGCCCUCCAGAUCAACAACCAUCUCAAGACCAUAGUUUACGACAAGAACAACAUCACCCUACAAGGGUACGCCGACAUUGUACACGCCCUCGAGAGGAAUUACAGCGUGAGGCACAUGCCGUGCCCGAUUUACGAUAUCCAGCCGUGCAUGAAGGCUUCCGCGGAGAAGACCGAGCAGUUGACCAAGAAGACCCAAGAGUACCUCCAGCGCAACGUCACGCCGAGCCGAAACAGCCACGGGCAAGCCUUCCGGCUCCAGCAGGGGUUCCUCCUCAGUUCGACCCAACACAUGGUGGACCGGCUCGUCGUGCAGACGCAAGACACGAUAAAGGCCCUGGUCGUGGAAACCUGCACCGCCAACGAGGACAUCAACUUCGCUACGGGGAUAAUCCAGGACGCGGACAACUCGAAGCAGCUGCUGCCGCGGCUGCACGAGGUCCUCCAGAGGCGGGACGAGAACAAUCCCGUCGAGGCAAAGCUACUCGAGGCCGCGAGCCAGGUGCACAAGGUCGUCAGCGCGUACCUGCACGACUCGUUGGAGGCGAUGCUCAAGUGCGCCAACGAGCAGUGUCCCACCAUACUCGAGCAGACCGUCGUCAACAGGGACGACGAUUACGACGAGAACGACUCGCUGACGCUGGAGGAACACCUGAGAAGUUCGUGCAAGGAGAAGAACAAGCUGACCAUCGAGUUCAUACAGAGCACCAUCACGGAACAAGCGGGGGCCGACAUCAUGAACCGAGUCAACGAGUUGAAUCUAUCGGUGGCGGCGCACAUCUCCGACCGGAUCACGGACCAGGUGAUAGAGUCCCUGUCGACGAGCUACAAGUCACUGAUCGGCGAGAGCGAGAUCCGCACGCGUAGCAGCACACCGGACGUUUUGCGGCCGAGCGCUGGCUCGACGAGCAGCGGUGGUGGUGGCGGUGGUAGCAUCAUCGGCGUGGGGUCGGGUGGUAUGUCUCUGAGCAUGUCCGCGGGUACACCGGUUGUCGAGCACACGAGCCUCGUCAUGGACGAGGAGGACGAGGAGGAGGACGACGACGACGAGGACGAGGAUGAAGAGGAGGAAGACGAGCGACGAUCCCAAGGCACCGGAAACAACGACAAUCGCACUCUCCUUGGCAAAGCCAUGGGCCGGCUUUCCGCGGACGACGACUCGCCGAUUUUGGAUUACUUGAACCUCGCGACGCCCCACCUGUCGAGCAAACGGAAGAACCUGCACGGAAGGAAGUUGAGGCCUAAAUCGGUGGUGGACUCGGUCGAAGGCCUGUCCGCCGACGACAUCCCGGAUCUUCUGCCGCCAUCCGCCGCCUCCAAGAACAAUCGACGCCGAACGGAAGGAGGGGCAUCGGAGAACGACGAGCACUCGCUCACCGAGUCGUUGGACUCGAUAACUGAGUUGCCCUCGAACUCCGGGGUCGGGCAGCAGCUCCAACACCUGGUCAAGUCCAGACCCCGGCGAGCAAAGACGCGAGCCCCCACGAGGCCCAUGCUCCGACCCGACGUCCCCGGCACCGACGGCAUUGCCCUCGGCGAAGGCCUCGACGUCUUCUUCAGGCCCACCACACCCACGACCCCCGUGGUCGGCUCGCCCACGAGCGACAGCUCGCUCAACUGCGCCUUCCCCAACCCCAGCCAGGACAGCGGCAGUCCGAGCCCCUCCGUGACCAGCCAAAAGAGCCCGGCCGCCGUUGCGACACCCAAGGGCCAACACGUGGUCGACGCCUCCCCCACGGCCAGGUCGCGCUCCAGCGACGACGUGGCCAAGUUCUCGCCGCUCGUCGGGCGCAGGUCGCACGGCGACUCACCCCUCACUGCCUCGCCCCUCGCACGCCGCAACGACAGCCCCAGGGACCCGACCACCGAGGAACAAUCCCCAGCUCAAGCGUCGGUAGGGGUGGACUCGGUCAAAGAGCAGAGCGGCAUCGAGUCGAGCAGCGAUGGCAGUGGAAAGGGCGGCAGCAUCAUGUCCUCGGUGCGGAAAUUCGCGGUGGCCAGUCCGACGAACGGGGCGACCACGGCCAAGUCGCCGGUGUUGCGAUCCCUCGCGACGAAAAACGAUAGGCGCUCGCCGCCCACCACCGCCCCCAAGCCCAGGCCCUGGAGCAUGGCUACGGACAGAAAAUCCGGUGACUUUAAUCAGUUGUUGAGCGACGGCUCGAGCCCAAACACGUCGGCCGGUAACACCCCGGAUUCGGGGGAUGCCCUGGACGAGUCGACCGACAGCGGAGUCUGCGGGCCAGCCUCGCUGCCGCCGAGUCUCACCGCCAGUUGCAUAGUCGGUGGCUCGUUGGGGGCCAAGGGCGCGGAGAAGCGCUCGGUCAGGGAAUUGGCCGCGAGUUUGUCCAAGGGAAGCGCCCCGAGCCAGCCCAAGCCGGACAAGAAGGAAAACGAGUAUUCCGCAGCAUGGAGGUCAGUUCUACGCCGAUACGUUGAACCCCUGCCACCAGCACAGCCAUCCUCCGUUAAGGUACCGGAAAUGCAGAAAGAGGCUGAGCCAAACAAUCGACUGGCUUUCAAACUUAGACGCACCUCUUUCUUUCGCGAUUCGAAUUUCAACUACGAUAACGACACGGUCGACGUGUAGACAAACAGAAAAGAAAACGUUUCUAGUGUCACUCGAAAAAAAAAAAAAAAAAAAAAAAAGUACCUCAGGGUUGUGAUGUUUGAGUACGGUGCAUUCCAACAGACGAUCAAAAUAUAAACGAUUGAUUGAAUAUUUUUUACAUCAUUGGUCUCUUAUUUCGAAAGUUCGUGUAUAGCGUAUGAGUUGCUUGUUUGACAUUUCUCUUGUCCGUAAAUUGUGCUUAGCCUUCCAAGUCACGUGAGUUAUGUAUAUUUUAUAGACAACGAAUGUCUCGGCAAUCUUUGGGCGAACGAUUUAUUUUGUACCUUUUUUUAUAGACUUUUAUAUUGGGAUGAAAAAAUUAUAUAAACAUACAUGUAUACGUACCUGGUUUUUUUCUGUUAUAUCAUUUAUCGCAUAAGCAGGAUACUUAAAACACGUAAGCUAGUAGCACUACCUGAAUAUACAUUAUGAUGCGGGGGAAAUUGAAAUAAAUAGAGUUGUUAAGAUCCACGUAGGAUAAAUAGCUCGACCGUUUCAAUUGUAAUAGCGAUUAGGGUAAUCCCUCAAGAGUUAAAAAAUGUAAUUCUUGCUGAUGCUCGUCUUUCUGACACAUUAGCUCGUUUCUUCGUUUUAAUUGCAUGGUAUUACGAUAUGCUUUUAUGAUCUAUCAACGUUAUCAUCAGGGGUGAUAAAAUUGGAUAUUCAAUUGCGGUACCAAUUAAUUUACUCGGAAGAUACUGCAUUUGAUAGUAGUUACAUGAAUACGUAUUUACAAAUAUAGAACUUGUUGAAGGACAAUUCUCCAAAAAAAAAAAACUCCAAAAAUGAGUUCCCUCAAAUUCAUAUUAAAGAAAUCCAAAUGUGCACCAUUAAAAAAAACAUAGACUGCAUAUAUAUAGGAAAUUUUUUACAAUACUUACGCUAUUUUAAUUUCAAACUCCAGCCACCCCUGGUUGUCGUUUUCUGUAUUAUAUAACUAUUAUAUGUACGUAAGUUCCAAAGCGAGGACAUUGUUUUUAUCAUAAUUUCUACAUUAUUAUUAUUAUUCCAGUUGUUUUUGCUGUUUUUAUUAAUUUAUGUAAUAAAAAAUAACUAGUGCGCGAAUUUGCGUACGUGUAAAUAGGAAUGUGCAUAAGUGACUAUAUUUAUGGUGGAAUAUCGUGGAUGUACAAUAUCUUGUUUCUCUGCAAGCCUGUUCAUUACGGAUUGAUAAUAAAUAGGCUCAAGAUCAAUAAGACGAUACGUACAGUACAUGGAGCAGGCGGAUAUCGUGAUUUUUUCAUUUUUUUUAAUGGCGUGAAACCGAUACAUUAUUAUAGUAUCAAAAUUUUUUUAAAAGCCGAUACGGCAUUGUUUGAGGGUUUAUUUUUAAAACCCGUAUCCCUUUUUGAAACAAACCAAGCUUUAGACAAGAAUCAAAAUUUAAUUUAUCAACUGUGAUGGACUGACCCAUAAUUUUGUCACACAAUUUUUUGUAACGUUACGAUUGCAUACGAAGGCAUUUGUUAUUUUUUUCGCAAUAGUGUGCGGAAAACACCUAUUUUCCGCACACUUAUUGCGAAAAAACUUGUACGCAACUCGUACGGGAAAUCGUCUUUUCCGUUACGUAAAUAACUAAUACAUUACCGAAAUUUCGGUGUUGCUACUUGCCAUAAUUUAACUGCGCUCUUAUCUAGAAUACUCCUAUGCUUAAUUUUUUUUUUUUAUAAGUCCACAAAGAAAAUCAUGAUGUCUUUUUUCUCGGUGUGCGCGUAAACGAGAGAAAAGUGAUUUUGCAAUGAACGUCUAUCAUCAAUUACUUAAAAGUCUUUUUAAGCAAAUUUUGUCAAAUUGUUAAAAUCAAGAUUCGUUCGAAUCAUAAAAAAUAUCAGUAAGAAUGUUUUACAAAUUUCAAUAUUAAUAGAAAACUUAGUAUUUGUUUUAUCAUGCAUAAUUACGAGCGUAGAGUCGACUUUUCUACUUACUCCGAUAUUUUGAUUUGGUAAAAAAACCUAAUGGUAACAUUUGUAGCUGUGUUUUUACCUUAUAUAAAAGUUAUAAAAAUUUACUACUAAAAAUGAAUUGUAAUAUCUUUGAUCAGAUGAUUUUUUAACGACAAAAAGAAUGUUGACAAUUACAUGUGCGUAAUGAAAAAAAUAUGUACGACUACUAAGCCAAUAAAGUUAGAUCUUUGAAAAAAAAAAAAAAAAAUAGCUAAAACGUUACAUUAAACCGUUCGAGUCUCAAAACUACGCGUGCCAAAUUGAAGAUAUGACUGGUUGCAAUCAAAACGCGAGAAAAGAUCCCUGGUGACCAAUAUCUUUAUUUCCGUUGUACGUGUACAUCGGUUUAAUUUAGACUAUUAAUGGAGUACCGGGGAUCAAAGCUGGCGACUUUUUUCUCAAAGUCAGAGUAUCCGUUAACGAGGGAUAAGUGCGGAAGUGCAUAUGGGUGCCUGCGUGUGCUGUAUAUAUAUAUAUGACUUUAAUUUAUACAAUUGACUGAAAGCUCGUUGUAUUAGUAAGAGCAUUAUUCCGAGUGAUAAUAGGCCAAUCUCUGAGUAUAGGCCAAACGUUUUUUUUGUCUCCUUAUGUGAAUAAUAAUAUUUAUAUCAUCAAUUAUAACGAUACAUUCCAUUUUUUAAAUUUAAUUUCAUUCUUAUUGUCUUCUUGUUUGCGUUAUAUUACUGCGUUUACUGUUGUUGCUAUUAUUAUCAUUUUAUUACCUUUAAAUGUUAGUCUGUCUUCAUGCGAUUAUUUUCAUCGAAUUUAUUAAUCAAAGUUGUGUGUAUGUACUCGACGCAAUUGUAUUUAACACGGGAACGACAUGUAAUAAAUCGAUUUGAU